CUGAACCAAGGUUAAAUCAUGUGGUAGUGGCGUCAAAAGCGUGAGGCUUGUGUGUGUGACUCUCCAUCGCAGGUCCCUCUGUUGCGCCUCCAUUAGUCCCGCACCAUCACAGUGGAGAGUGACAGUCAGCCAGAGAAACUAACCGGAGCCAAGACAAGCCACCCGACUGACAAAUAUAAACAACAGUAGAAUAGAGAGACCUUACUGUGACCUGAGAAUAAGACCAGUCUAAAUAAAUAAUACAUUCAUGUUAGCUGCCUUGUGGAGAUGGAAAACAUGCAGGAUGUUGCAUUAGAGGUUUGGAAAUAAAGAGAGCAAAAUAUUGCGAAAAAAUUCCAAUGUGAAAUUUAGAGUGGAAACAUAUGUAUAAGCAAAAAAAAUGGGGAGUGACAGGUGGGUGAAAAAAAGAAAAAUAGUAAAACAAAAUCACAUAUUUUAGUAUUAUGUUUAUUAUGAUUAUUGUUAUAUUAUUGUUUUGUUGUUAUUAUACAGUGGUAAUAAUCACCAAACAGACAUUGGCUCCAACUGCUGCAGUAAAAGGACCAUUUAGUCACAAAAUCAAAAAUGAAAUAAAUAAAUGUUCAGAGAAAUUGUAGGUAUUUUAAGGGGGAGUUGUUGAAGAUGAUUCUUUUCUUUUGCUAAUUCAUGUAUUUGCUGGAUCAUGGAGGUGGAACUGUGCAUCACAGAGGGUUUGAAAUAAAAAAGAAGAAUUUUUAAGAAGUUAGUUGUGUGUUGGGAAAUAUAUGACAUUUAGAGUAAAAAAUGGAAGGUAGGAAAAAGUGACAUAAGAUCAACAGGUGGGUCGAAAUAAAAAAAUACUGUUGCUCCUGAAUAAGUACAGAAAGUGGCUCCGACAGCCGCAGAAAACAGAUGAGUUAGUCACAAAAACAAACUCGAUUAAUGCAAUUGAAUAAAAUAAAACAGUUCGGAAAAGUGAAAAUGUGGGAAGGUAAACAUUUUUAAUAGGUGUUGUUAAAAAUGGCGGACAGAAAAAAACGUAGAGCAGAAUUCUGAAAAAAAAUAGUAUGAAAUUGGAAAAAAAAAAUCAGAAAUUUGGACCAGGAACAAAAUGGAAAAGAAAAUGAACGUAGGAAGAAAAGUGAAUGGGAUGUGUCUGGUGGAUCACACAAGCGUCUGAACAAUAAGUGCCGAAAGAUCAACAAAACAGAGAGUGAAAACAUGACUUAAAAAAAUGUAUUUAAUGUAAUAAGCAUAAAAAUAGCAAGUAAUACAUAAAUAAAGGAAAAGGCAUCAUGUAAUAUCUUGAGGCAUGAGAGUAGAGUCCAGCAGAACGAGGGAAAAAUGAAAGAACACUGCGGAGGGAUUGGACCAGGCUGACAGUGGUGGCGUGUGGCGUGCCAGCCAAGGAAAAGGGCCCAUCACAAACAGAGCGGGAGUGUGUGGGCUGCGUCUCGGCCCCGUGUGCCGCUGGCUGACAAAUUAGCUGGAUGAGAGCGGAGGGCCUCACAGCACACACACACGCACGUCACCGCGGCCUGUCAGACAGGCGCUGCACACACUCCUGUUUAAGGGUUAAAAUAUCGCCGAGAGGCACUGGCUCACCCUUGACCUCCGCUAAUGCUGCCUGCAGGGAGGUGAAGGGGGAGGAACGGCUCACACAUCAACCUCUUUGUUUUAACUCUCUGACAGCCGCCGCGGCCUCUUCGCCUCCCGCUCCAUGUUUCCCCCUCUUUUUUGUGAGCUAGGGUCGACUCUGUGAAUCCCACACGUCCAAGUGAGUUCCUGACUCUUGUGCGGCUGGACAGGAAGUGAAGUCAGAGAAUUGUAUAUCAAUGACAUAUGCAGAAGAAAGGCACUGAAUCCCUCUCUCUGAAGAGAGUCAGACACACACACACACAAGUGCAGAGUCAUCAAAAAUAGCUGUCGAAGAGGACUUGAGAAGAGACGCAGGAGACCACGCCACCCCGCGGAUGUCAAGCCUGGCUAGCUCGUGGCUCUUCACCACUACAUGAGCCCAACCAGACUUGGACCGCCGUCAGCUCCACGAUCGACACGAUUUAACAUGACUUGGCUGCACGUUUCUCUUUGUCGUGACCUAAACUUCCUGCGACGAUGAUGAUGCGAUAAUCGUCUUGCACCGCGCCUCGUCCCUGUCAAACUUGCCCGGUGGGAAGCUACUCUGCAAGGCGCAGUGAGGCCACGACACCAAGGGAGCCCCUCCGUACGAGUCAGAGUGAGUCAGCAGGAGCUCAAGUUUACACGGCGUGGGGGAUGCUAAUAUUAGCCACCGUUAGCGCCAGAUUCAGUCGUCUGUACAACGGCGGCAUGGUUUUCAGCGUCAGAACCUCCGAGGAGCAGAAGCUCAUCCAGCCUUCUGAGUCACAGCAGCUGCUUGUUGGAGAUGAUUAUUUGGAAGUGGAUCAAGGCGACUCAACCUGAGGCAGGCGUGAAGAAACCAAGCGCUCCUUGUCGUUCAUCACGCUGCUGAGACGCAGGGAGAUUAGUGCUCAAAUAUAGAAGUUUUACAAUGAAAGGAGUGACUUCCUCUCUCAUGGUCUCAUGAAAAAUGAUGAAAAAAAAAUCUUGGAAUGUGAAAUCACAGCUCACAAACUCGGAACCACCAAAAAAGUCUUUGAGUCCAGUUGAACUGGAAAUAUUGUCUUCGGUGUUCUCUGAUGCCAGACCACACAGACCGGUGUUUGGAGGGAGAAACAUUGAACCUAUACGUUGAUGGUUAAAUAGAACUGUGACAUUGUGAUUUACAUCUUGACAUGGAUCAGGAUCCCGGUAACAUGGAUUCGUUUGAAAAUGUCAUGUGUUCAGGUGAGCCUUGUCUGCCACACCUGCAUAUUUGUAGGAAGAAAUGUGGCUCUUGGCCUGCGACUGGUUGGCCACCUCUGGUGUGUGUCAUCGCCGUGAAGUUCCUGUUUGACUUGUGUCUGACUCACGCUUGUGGGAUUCAGCCAGUAGUUUCUGAUGUCAGGGGCCGACGCAGACAUAACUUUUACUAUUCCACCUCCUGCAGCAGCUUCUUACGGCUAGUGCAGAGAAGGUGAGCCUGAGGUGGCGCUGGCGGCAGGUUGGUUCAUGCAGGUCAGGAGGCAGGUGUGUCUGGGGAGGGUGGGUUGCUGAGAGCUCUGGCAGCCUGAGGCGGGACUUGCAGCGCAAGUCUGCCUGUUGUCCCGAGGGCGUGGGAUCAAGAUAGAAGACAACACACCACACCCACCCUCAACCAACAAUGGGCAGUUAAGGAACAUUCUGGACGUUCCCCAGCGUCAGGGCCCUUUCGGAAAGUGUGACGUCAUGGAGCUCAUGAGGGGAAAUUUCAUGAAGGUCUAGUUCAAAUCCACACACACAGAGUGCGGAGGUCAGCGUGUGUGUGUGAGCCAGAUGAGUGUGAGAGGCAGAAGCGUUACACGUGUGCGUUUUACAUAUUCAGCGUGUGUGAGAUCCUCUCGCUCUCCUUGUGGGCGGCAAGCCUCCUCUGUAAUCCCCGGCUAGCUGGGUCAGCGCGGGGUCAAAGACAGUCGCUGUUGUGUCAUGUGAUCCGCUCAGAACUGUGUUUACCUGAUGGGACCUUUUUACGUUCCGAUGUAGAAAAGCACUUGGAAAUUUCCACACCGAGUUCUGAUGAUGCUCUUGAGCGCCCCCUUCAUUGUUGACUCAUUCAAGGAUCAGAACACUUUUGUCUGUUUAAACAGGUAGCAUUUAUUUCCUUUAUCUGGCGGUCGAGUUCACGGCUCACAACUGUUUUGAAUCCUCCGCCACGAAACAAUAAAAGAUGGACAAGAGGGGCAAGUUUUGUCACCAAAAAAACGGUUGGUUUCUAAUCAUGAGAAGAGCUUCUGUCUGCCUUCUGUCCUUUUUUCAGGAUCUUUCCACGAACAUGAAUACGCAGAAAACCGUCAUCUUCACCUCCACCUCCAUGAUGUGUUACGCGUUGUCUGGUUGUUUCGAUGUUUCCACUGUUUUAAACCAUUUGAUCACGUGAGAUUUCAUCUUUAACAACUGAUCAUUUGUCUGCUGCACCGCCUCACUAGUUUAGUUAUGUGGUGCAAACCCUGACUUUGCUUUCCUUUCUGCUGUUUCUUUUUUUUUCGAUCCCUGUUUUUCUUUCUUUCUUUUUUUAUCCAGGUAUUUUUAUUUUUAUUUAUUUUAUAUAUGUGUUUAUUGAUAUUUUUUAUUGUUUUUUAUUUGUUUUUUUAUGUGAUCGCAUUUUUUCAGUUUUCUGUUUUUUCAGUUUUCACCUUGUUUUGUUUCCUCUUCCUCUCUCUUCUUUUCAUUUCAUUGUGAUUGAUUUUCUUUCUAUUCUUAGAUGUUUCAUAUUUUUUCUUUAUCUCUAAGGUCUGUUUUCCUUGUUUCCAUACUGCUCUCUUUUUUUUUUUGGGAUGACUUUCGUUUCUUCCAUUGUCGACUUCUUUCCGUUGGGCGACGUUUGAUCUGGGAUCUCAGACCUAUUGGUCCGUAAUCACGCUGGUGAUGCGAGCGGCGAGCCAGCAGCGUCUCCUGAGCUCUGAGCGACCGGUUAUGAUCCUCAAAGCUCCUUCUCUCUCACCUCACCACAGGAGUUUUCUAGUCUCCUGUAGCGACUCAUUGUCAAUUACCACAAUUCAUAUCCACACUCUGGCUUUCACACACACUUUCUCAGACCACAGCACGAGGUCAGAGGUCAUAGCGGGGCGAGUUGUGAGGGUAAUGGUCUCUGAAAUGACUUGGUUAGCUGGAAGCAGCCAGACAUGUGACCAGGUCAAUGCGUGGAUGAGGAGGUCAGGGUCACGCGCACGUGUUGUUUUUUGUUUCUUCUUUCUUUUUUCUUUUGUGUUUCACAUCAGAGGCCGGUAUUCACAUGUCACACGUCUCUGCCAUCUGCAAGACUGAUCCAGGAAAGAAGCCAGCUUCAACCCAUUUAGUGAGUGGGUGUUCAUUCAGGAUCUUCUCGUCGCUGUCCCUCCAGGACACUCAUCUCUGAGUCCAAGUCCGGUGUCAGCCUGCCGUGCCGUGACUCGCAGCUCUGCUGGCAACUAACACGAGAAUACAAGAAUCAUCACGUGGUUUCAAGGAAGUCUGGAAAUAUGCGGUAACAACGUGCCACGCCCGAUGCUGGCAGGAUCAUGUGACUCAGAGAUAAAAGCAGCUCACCUGUGAAGGAAGUGACUCAGUCAGCGGUGACAUGGACAAGACCAGAGAAGUGCUCUCCUGUUCCAUCUGUCUGGAGCUCCUGAAGGAUCCAGUCACUCUUCCCUGUGGACACAACUACUGUAAGACCUGUGUUGAACGUUGCUGGGACAAUGGAGAAGAGAAGAACAUCUGCCAGUGUCCUCAGUGCAGACAGACCUUCACACCGAAGCCUCUCCUGCAAAAGAACACUGUGUUAGCUGACUUAGUGGAGGAGCUGAAGAAGACUGACGCUGCUGACCUCUGCUAUGCUGGACCUGAAGAUGUGGCCUGUGACGUCUGUACUGGGAGGAAGAUGAAAGCCCUGAAGUCCUGUCUGCUGUGUGUGGUCUCUUACUGUGAGCAACACCUCCAGCCUCAUCUAGAAGCUCCGGCCUUCAAGAGACACAAGCUGGUCCACCCAUCCAAGCGGCUCCAGGAGAUCAUCUGCUCUCAACAUGAAGAGGAGAAGAAGAUGUUCUGUCGUAAUGAUCAGCAGUUGAUCUGUCACCUUUGUGCUGUGGACCAACACAAAGACCACGACACAGUAACGGCUGCAGCAGAGAGAAGAGAGCGGGAGAAAGAGGUGGAUCAGAGUCGAGGAAGGAUCCAGCAGAGGAUCCAGCAGAGAGAGGAAGAGGUGAAGCUGCUUCAGCAGGAGGAGAAGAACAUCACCAUCUCUGCUGAUAAAGCAGUGGAGGACAGUCAGGAGACCCUCAACCAUCUGAUCCAGAACCUCCAGAGAAUGAUAUCUGAUGAGAAGCAGCAGAUCAGAUCCCAGCAGCAGAGAGAGAUGGUUCGAGUCCGAGGACUUCAGCAGCAGCUGGAGCAGGAGAUCACUGAGCUGAAGAGCAAAGAUGCUGAGCUGCAGCAGCUGUCACUCAUCGACAGUCACACGGUCUUUCUCCAGAACUUGUCCUCACUGUCAGAGGUCAGUGAAGACACGCUCUCCUCCAGGACCCACGUCCGUCCUCAGGUCUGCUAUGAGGAAGUGGCAGCAGCCGUGUCAGCCAGCAGAGCCCGACUCCAGGACCUUCUGAGAGACUCCUGGUCCAACAUCUCACUGAUGCUCGCUCCAGAGCCCAAGACCAGAGAUGAGUUCCUCAGAUACUCUGUGGACAUCACCAUGGAUCCCAACACUGCAGACUCAUGGUUGAGGUUGUCUGAAGGAAACAGGAGAGUGAUGAACAUGAGAGAAGAUCAGUCUCCUCCACAUCAUCCAGACAGAUUAAUUGAUUAUCAUCAGGUCCUGAGUAAAGAGCCCCUGACUGGACGUUGUUACUGGGAGGUGGAGUGGACAGGAGGAGUCGAAUUUUCAGUCUCAUACAAGGACAUCAGCAGAUCAGGAGAAGAAAGUUCAUUUGGCUAUAAUGACAAAUCCUGGAGCUUAGAUUGUGACAACUUUGGUUGUUCAUUCACACACAACAGAGUCACAAGUGAAGUCUCCAGUGUUCCCUCCUCCAGAGUGGGAGUGUACCUGGAUCACUCUGCAGGGCUCCUGUCCUUCUACAGCGUCUCCGACACCAUGACCCUCCUCCACAGAGUCCAGACCUCCUUCACUCAGCCUCUCCAUGCUGGACUCUGGGUUGGACCCAACGCCAAGUGUGAGUUUGUGUUUCGAGAGCUUUAAGGUCAAUAAAACGCCUGUGAUUUCAUGGGUUUGACGUGACAAGGCUCAGUAUUUUGGCAGCAUGAGGCUCUUUGGCCUGUAAAAAUCCAUACAUUAGCCGCGUGGUUGUAUAAGCCGUAUAUGGUUUUAUGGUUUCAAUCCCACAGGUUUCAGUCUAACACAAGAAUACAAGAAUCAUCACGUGGUUUCAAGGAAGUCUGGAAAUAUGCGGUAACAAUGUGCCACGCCUGAUGCUGGCAGGGUCAUGUGACUCAGAGAUAAAAGCAGCUCACCUGUGAAGGAAGUGACUCAGUCAGCGGUGACAUGGAGAAGACCAGAGAAGUGCUCUCCUGUUCCAUCUGUCUGGAGCUCCUGAAGGAUCCAGUCUCUCUUCUCUGUGGACAGUGUUCACUUGCACAGUAUGAAAUCGUUGUUUAUGCUAUGAUUUAUGACAGCCACAUUGAAUAAAGGAUCCUAAACCCAAUGGUUUUGUUUAUAUUUCAUCCAAAUAAUUCCUUGCAGUGAAUCCUCAACACUUCAAUACUGUCGCCAGCACGUCAUAUGGACGUUUCCUCCAUCAGGAAGCCUCCAGGAUUUGUUGUCUUGGAAGUUGUGAAGACGGACCGUAUAACUUUGGGGGGAGAUUUGGCUGGAUCUAGCCUCAAUGUGAGGAUGACAACUGGGUCAUUGUAACUGGGUUCAGUGUGGUCCUGGGUGCUGGUGAGCCAUGUGUUGUGGAUGGUUAGGGUCAGGGGGAGAGGCUGGCCAUGGGAGGUCCUCACAAAGAUAAAAAGACGAACGUGUGGGGGAGUGUGUGUGCCCGCGUCCUCCCGAGGACUUCAGCCACCGAAGCCCAUAAACCCUGAGGCGAGAGAAGGACAGGUGAGCCCUUCUCUUUAUUGGCGAGCGAGGGGAGAGAACCAUCGCCCUGCGACUCGUAAUCGCCCGCAGCUUUCAUAAAAAGCGCCCUUGACCUUCCGGCGAUACGAGGGUGCUGAUGGAGCGUCGUAAUGGGGCCGUUAGCAGUUUCCGUGUGGCCGAUCACGCGGAGCGGCGGAGCUGGCAACAGAUUAGCUGCGUUGCUGUGACUCGACCAGAUCAUAAAACAUCAGGCGACGACAAGAGAGGACAUUCAGCCUGUCACAUGCCACCGGGACUCCACGAGUCUCACCCGCUUCCUGUCUGAAGGUGGCGACUCACUCUGACUGCUGGAGAUCCAUGAGUCAAAGCUGUCUCUCCCAUGCCAUCGUGUUUUGAAGGCCAUGACGCCUCUGGUCAUAAGGUCGUGUAAAAGAGUUGUUGAGGUUUGUGUUGAGGACACGUGUUGAGGACACGGCGAGAUCUCACAAUCAUGUUGCCGUUGCGUCUCAAGCACUGUUGUCCUCCUGGUGUUUGUGUGGACACGUUCUACGGAAGAGUCGGACAUUUGCAAAAAUGACCUGGCGAGGCCAGUGGACUGAUUCUAAACAAAUGACAAACAAAUGAGUCUUUAAAAAGAACCAGGGCACGAGUCAGAGUGAACAGAGGACGUGCUGAGUCAGCACUUUUCUGACUCCAGUGUUUUCGGUGCCUUUGUGCAGAAACUGCUGGUGACAAGUUCCCCACCUUCUUCUCUUCACACCGACAGCAGCAAAAAUCAAAGCUGGUGAACGUGUUCAUCCAGCUCCUGUGAACUGAGAGGACGCCUUCGAUAUGAUCUGAUCGGAAGUCAGAAUUAUGUGCUCCUCCGUCAGGAGACUCUUGAGACGCUCAGCCACAACAGUAAGGCAGGAUCUUCAGUUCCCUCAGUGAAUAGCAUAUAGUACUGUGUCAGCAUAUGGCACUCAGAAGUCGGAAUAUCCAGAGACCAAGUCGGAAGAUGAUUUACUGAGUCAAAGUAGGAAGAAAGAAGAUAUUGAGGAAGAAUAAUAAAUGAGAUACAAGUGAUGUUUGACACUGAAUGGUUGGUCAGAAUAUGGAGGUCACAAGUCGGGAUUCUGUGAUAUUGAGUCAUAAAUAGGUGCAGAACAAAGAAGAGAAAAGAAAAGUGAGGCGCUCGGCUUGUCAUUCACUUACAUUACACUUACAUCCUCAGAAGAGUUAAGAUGCUCAACAAAAUGAAUCCUUGUUAGAGUUCAAACUUUGAUAAAAUAAGUCAGAAUAAUGAAAUAUUGAGCGUGAAUCAAAACAAAGUGGGAGCCGAACCUGGACCGAGACGGUAAAGUCUUGCUUCAGCGGCCGGAUCCUGACAUCAGCGCUUGUUUUCUCCACCUGCCGGUGCCGUCUGGUGGUCAGCGUCUGCCCGGCUGUUCUGACCUCAUCUCUGGCCAGGAGUCACUUCCUCCUGUGGAGAGCACAUGUCCUCUCACUCGCCGCGCUCUACCUCACGGACGUCUGUUCUGACUCACCUGUCUGGCCCUGAAGGUUCUGGUCACAGCCCGGCAUUACGACCGGUGAUGGGUUAGCUCGACAGGCCCUGUUCGGUUUAUGGGGCUGGUUUGAAGAGGACUGUCAGUCUGUGAAGGUCAGGGCAAGGUCGUAGCCUUGGACCUCAGGCUGUCUCUCGGGUCAGAGUGGCGCAGGAAUGUCCCAGUGUGUGACGGGUUCCGGACUCCCUCCUGCACGACCUGAACUGACCCAAAGAUAAUACAGUAUGUGACUUUCUUCCACACAAAUGAUGUCAGUAUCUGUUUCUGGAGCCACCAGAAGGUCUCAUGCCGUCACCUGACUUCAGUCAAAGACCUCAUUGUGCUGCCGAGCAGCUGAGACCGGGUGAUCUGAUCAGCCUUGCUGUGCUCUCCAAGUGUCCAGACCCUGCCUCUAAUCCUCUCAGCCUCACUCUUGACCCACUUGCCUGACUCAGAGGGUUUCCCCAGGCCGUCCGGAGGAGGGGGUCAGGAGUCAAAACCAAACAGUGGACUCACUCUCCAAGUCUCAGCCAGGUCAGGCAUGGUGCCACACUUGCACCGGGACUGAAUGUUUGUCAUGGACGGUCCUGUGAGGACCAGCUAGCACACCAGGUUUCACGGUCUUCUGGUCCAUGAGCUUGGAGGAGUCGAUCCACAAGGCCUUCAACACUGUGCCUGUAGCGUCCUCAGGAGAGAGGGUGGGAUUCUGGACAGGUGAGCUGGUCCUUCCUUGUAUGGGUCCCCUUGAAGGUAGCAUGACUUUAGUGGCUUAGUUUCCUCACAGCGGCCGUCUGAAUGCUGGGUUUCAACCUCGAACCUCUUCUGUUUGGUCUUGGUUUCUUCCUGCAGUAAACUGAGGCUGAGCCUAAAUUGUCAGUGUGAGGGGUUGUAUGGCAACGUGUGAUGGCAGCCUGUCCAGGGUGUCCCUCAGCCCUCACAUUAUGACCACGCCCCAUGAAUGGACAGCAAGUCUACACUUGAUUUAAAUUAUCCAUGAAACGUAAUAUGGUAUUUGAAUUUUAGUGUUUUCAUCAUCAUUUUGUCAUUAUAUUUCUGCCUUAUAAGUUUAUUCAAGUCCGAUUAUUAUUCAUUACUCAUAGAAGUCAAAUAAAAAUCAAGUCAGGACUGUAAAAGAGAUGGAUAAAUCCAUAAAAUAAUAGAAUAAAAUAAGAACUAACAUGAAAAUGUAAUGAGAGCAAGUGGGGGAAAACUACGUCUAACUCUAAUAAUGAUAAUAAUAAUACUAACAAAUCAAGUGCUGCAGACAAAAACGGGAAAUAUUGAAGCCUUAUGAUCGGUUUAAAGAUGAUUUUACAAAAUUACAAAAUGCUUUGCUCAAAAAUCAAAACAAACGAAAACAUUUUUUUUGAAUGUCAAGAAUAGAAGAAAAUAGAAAGCAAAUUCAGCAGCAAAAGAGCAGGUAAAUGAAUCAUUUGUCAUCUUAUUUCUGCCUUUAUUCAAGUCUCACUAUUAUUAUUAUACCGUAAGACAAAUACGAAGUAAACAGAAAAUAUGAAGUGACAAAAUUACCAUGUAAAAAAAUAAAAAUGGAUACUUUGUAAAACAACAAACAACAUGAAAAACAAUAUUCAGUUCUAUGGAUACAUAAAAUCAAGUAUAUAUAUUUGUCACAUUUUUUGAUCUUUCAAUAUACAGUGGUACCUGGGUUCUCGACCACAAUCCGUUCCAGACGGCCGUUCGAGAACCGAUUGUUCAAAAUCAGAAUCGAUUUCUCCCAUUACAAUGAAUGGAAAAAGCAACAAUGCGUUCCAAGCCUUAAACUAGUCUUUUGUAGGAGUGAAUGUAGAGUGUCUGCUGCAGGUGGCUGUUCCUCUAUGUGUGUGGCCGCUGCAUGUGGGAGGGGUUGCCGAGUGAGUGACGUCUCUCCAGAAGUGAAGAGGUGCCCAGUGCGUGUCCAGCUCUGAAUGUGCGCUUCUGUGCAGUUUGGCUGUGACAAAGUCAUAAACCAAGUCACGCUCUGUCCCAGACUGGCCUCAUCCCUGUCCCAGCUCCAGCCCACAACAGGACAUCAAACCCUGGAGUGAGCGCUCCAGCACCUCCCCUGUGACACUCUACCACGCUCCAGUGUGGAGACAGGAAAGGUUUUACACCUCAAUAUGAAGAAAAAACAGUCAGUAAAUGGAGCUAACGGGACAAUAACAAAGCGCGUCGUGGGUCAGCUGAUCAGUCCACGCACAUUAUGUUUUUUCCGGCUUAUUUCGGGGGCGUUCUGGAUUUUCAUUCAAAAUCCGAAGCAAAAAAAUCUCUAAAUUUUUGUUCCAAUUCCGAGACGUUUGAAAACCGAGGCACCACUGUAUUCAUUUUUUGUUUUACUUACAGCUCUAGAUUUUGAGUAACUUGACUUCAAUGGUUUGAAAGUUUGCUCCACUAUUGGGUUGCUUUGGGCACGUAAAAGCUCCACCAUGCACCAACAGGCCUCUACCCUGAACCAGUAUUGACCAACAGAUGGGCUAUAUCUUCAUGUUUCAGGCACCUUGUAUCAACGAACUGAUGGAGGGAGUGGAGGUGAAAGAGGGCUCACGCCUCCUCACUUCUUCGCCGUCGAUAGUUCCGACCAAAUUGUUCGUGGGUCCGGGGCAACCUUUUCUAUCCAUCGAUCCGGAGGAGAAUCGACCCCUGGCUGCGGAGGCGCCGAGCGAGUCUGCUUUCAUCUCUGAAGCCGCGUUUAAUAAGUGAUGAGUCGGCGGUGACGGAGGUCCGACCCGCUUGUGGAGACGAUCCAUAUCUGAUAUUACACUCACCGCCGCCUCAGAGGCUCAGACAAACAAGAAGUUUGGAUCUCAAACGAGUCAAGCUGGCAAACAUAGCCGCGUGCAAAGGUUCAGGUUCAAAUUCAAGCAGCCACAUUUCAGCUGCUGUUUUGUCCUGGACAACUGAGAACGAAGCAAACAACCGUUGAAUGUUGGCUCAGGAGGACCAGACCCAAAAAUCGUUGUGAAGGAACACUCGGACCAACGAGAGGAAGGUUUAAAUAACGUCAUGAACAACAAAGGAAAACUCAAACAUGAACAAUAAUGGAAGAAAAGAGACAAACCAGGAAAGCAUCCAAUCAAAGUCAAGCCUAAAAACAAGGAGACUCAUUCAGUCGACCACACGAGGCCCAAAGAACAGAACAGACAAACACGUGAUUGCAAUCCCUGUGAGGUUUCUCAUGGCCAUCGCCCUUUCCCCAGCCUCUCCCCCUAAACCUAACCCUCCAGAACACACGGCUCACCUGAACCAGGACUCUGGACCAAACUGGAGCCCAGUUAUUUUGAAGUCUUCCUCUGAAGCUGAGGCUUCACCUCGCGGGGUCCAGAUAAAGGGUCCCCACAUUGACAUAAGGUCCUCAUGAGGAUAGUGUUUAGUCAAGAAGUGACAAAUGAGGAUCAAGCAGGUAGACACACACACACACAGACUAGUUUGUCUUUGUGAGGACCUCUGGUUGUCCCCAGCCUCUCCCCCUAAACCUAACCCUCCAGAACACGUGGCUCACCUGAACCAGGACUCUGGACCAAACUGGAACCCAGUUAUAAUCACCUUGUUAUUUUGAAGUCUUCAUCCUCAAAUUGAGGUUUGGAGCUGUGGGGACCGGCAAGAGGUCCCCACGAGGAUAGUGUUUUGUCAAGAAUUGGUUCCCACGAGGAAAAAAAAACGGAGAAAGCAAAACGUGAGUAAACAAACACUCACCUGAGAAUCACAGCAGAAGCAGAAAGUCAGAAAGAGGCAGAAAACUUGACAGGCACGCACAAUCCACUGAUGCAGUACCAAUGAACAGGAGAAGUACUACACAGGAGGGAGAACUUUACCAGAAGACCAGACGCCACCAUCGGGCAACGCAGGUCGGAACCAAGGUGCAGAAAUCAGGAAGGCAGGGCCCAGCUGCGUUGCUGUGAAGCUGGAGGAGGAAAACAAAAAUUGUCUGGGGAACAACAAAAUUAAAGCAGUGAAGAUGGACGGUUUUGACUUCACCUUUGAUUAAUUACUCGCCAUCCGGAUUAGAAGACGGCAAUUAGCGCACACGCUGGAGCCUUGAUUAGCAGGGUUAAUGAAGACGACCUGCGCGAGUGAGUGUGUGUGUUCCACGUCUUUCGCUGCAAAUGCCAUUUAAAAAUGUCAAAUCUGAAAAUAAUCCGACCCGUGCAAAUGAAAACGGUCGGCCUUUUUUCAUCAAUGAACAUUUGGGAUCAACGUUCGGCCGCUUCUUAAUCUGCAGGUUAUUUUAAUGAAAGGUCACUGGAUUAUUGGGUUUCACAGUCCCGGACUAUAAAUGCCAUGUAAAUGAGAUUUAAAAAUCUUCAUUAUGACUCAUUUGACUGGGCUGUAAAAUAGAUGUAGCAUAUGCCACAAAAAAAAGAACCAGAAAAUGAUGACGGUGAAUGUUCAGCUGACACAAAGGAGAACGGCGGUUUUUGAAAGUGAUUCAUUUUACUAAAAAAAAAUGAGGUAAAUAGUGAGAAAAUACAACAAAAAAAGGUGAACUUGUGAAUAAAUCAUUCUCGUAUCGCAGUCAAAUUAAUGCUUCAAAUAUUUAGUGUUAAAACCUGGAGGAGAAAAAAACACUCCCACUUCAGUUGAAAGAAGAAAAAAUAGCAUUAAAUAGUUUUUGUAGCAAAGUCAAACAGGCAAAAGGAAACAUCCAUCACUAUAGUGAUUGGUGGGAAGAGAGAUGGUGAUGAAAUUAUCUCAAAGAAUAACUGUGAUAAGAUGCAGAAAUCAGUUUGGGGGGAUGAUGGGUCAUAGUUGGUUUAAUAAAGUCACUUGUAUUGGUAAAAUAGAAGUUUGAUUCUGUUCAGUCAAUACAAAGUUACUCUGCUCAUAGAAGUCUGAUGAAAAUGAAGGCAGGACUGUAAAACAGAUCCAUGAAAUAAUAUGAUAGAGUAAGCCAAAACAAAAGUGAAAAUGUGACCAGAGCAAGUGGAAAGAAAGUCAAGUCUAACGCUAAUAAUAACAAUCAUAAUAUAGACCGAGUGUUGCAGAUGAAAACAGAAAGCAUUGAAUCAUUCUGCUCAGGUGAAGCUGUUUUACAAAGUAACAAAAUGCUUUGUGUCAGAAAAAAAAGUUUGGGAUGUGAAAGAAGAAAAUAGAAAGCCAAUUCAGCACAAGAGCAGGUACAUGAAAGAAGAUGGCUGUGAAAAGGAGAAGCAAAAUAUUCAAAGAGGGGGGCUGAAAGGCAGAAGGUCACAGCGGUCAGGAAAGCUUUUGCUGCUCUCCAGUCAAGUUCAGAAACCAAGUGGGUCUCCCUCCUCAUCUGACUUCAUCAAAUCAUUUACCUCUCACUCUUGCUACUGCUGUGCUUCUCGCCUCCGGCGACGCAGCGGGGGUCACACUUCCUCCCACUCCAAACAAAAACCCGGUGAUAUCUGGACCCGACAGCCCGGAUAAGUGGUCCGCUCUCGUGGCGGCGCCAGCAUAACAAGGUCGCGCAGUCGGACUCCAAACAAAGUUAAGAAAAAAAAAGAAAUGUCCAAAAUUGUCAGGCGCGCAGAAGAAGACGAGUCAAUCCGAACACGGACGCAGCAGGUGAUGCAAAGCCGCACUGACAGGUUCGACCUUUUCGGAGCGCAACAGAACUUAUUUUGUCACAACAUGUCUGACGGUUUGUGUGCGAAACUCUGACAGGACGUGAGCGCGCCGCGGCCGUCCCAGGAACAAAAGCUCUCUGGAGAUGACUCAGACAGAGGCCCUUCAAAAUAAACGCACCUCCGAGUCACUCACGCAGAAAUGACUCGUCCCCUGCCUUUGUGGUUGCUAGUGGUCCUGAUCCGAGUCUCUGAGACUUGAGAGCCUACUUCUCCAGUGUCCAAAGAUUUUUCCAGCCGGUACCAAUUGUGCUGUGAUGUUCACAGCAGACUGCUCUCUUGUCAGAAGGUCCCGCCCGCUGGAGCGCAGUCACCAUGUGUUCUGUGCCGAGUGUUUUCAUAGGGUAUAUACGUCAUCCCUACGCAACAUACUGCAAGUGUUCUGUAAAGUGACUGGCGGCGCAUCUCCAAUGUGCCACGAAUAUUAACGGCUCUUUAUUCCAAAGCACUUUCCUAGUUGGUGGAACCCUCACUGACCAUGGCAAUACAUUCUAUUCUGAAUGUAGCCGAGAUCCUCCAUAAACAUGCCGCGAACACCGCUCAACCUGACAUACCACAAACAUACCUGAGGCACUAAUGGAACCAGAUUUGGGUAAAAAAAAUAAUCCAACCUUUUUACGUUGCAAAUGAAGAUUUUGAAAAAUAUGCAUGUAAAAAUCAAAUACGUUACAUAUGGUGUGUGAGACGUUUUAGUUUAGCAGCUACAUGCUUGUAACAGCAUAUAUAACGUAUUUGAGACUGACACUUGGAGUACUAGAAGCCUGGUCAAACUGACUGUAAGGUUCCUUCCCAGUGGAACUACAUCUGGGGCACUGAGCCAAUGAGGACGCAUUCCUCACAAGGCCCGCCCAUGCAAGACGUUUGAGUCAAAAGUCUCAAGCAAAAAGUCAGCAAAAGAGCAAAAGUCCGAGCAGCGAGGAGAAGAAUUGAGAACUGUAAACAAAAAAAUGAACCGCACAAAAGUUAAAAAAAAAAAAAAAAUCAUUGAAUGUAAUGUGUUACUUUACUACGUUUUUUUGUUUGAGUCAAAUUUUUCGUUUGCAAUCUAAGAAGUUUUGUUUGGUUAUUAUUGACCCCAAUGUGAUGCCGUACCACCAGGUGUGCCAAAACAGUGCCAAUAGAAGGAGUUGUGAUGAGUCAAGACACAUGUGGGACCCGAGUGCAGUGAUGAGGAAACUUACAGGAGGCAAGGAGUGGAGCAAGGUACAAUAUUUAGUCAUUAAGCAAUAAAACCAGAACAGAAAGAGUCACCGCACCGGGAGAAACAAAGUGAAGUUGAAAUUGUCAAACCGGGAGAAGUCCACAGGUACGAGUAAGAGUCCAAACGUCACCGAACCGCGAGAGUCAAACAAACUUAAAUCUGUAAACAGAGAGACAAAAACACAAUGAACAGAAAUAGUGAAUCACAGAACAAACCAGGAAACACGCAGAAACAGAGGAAGGAACAGAACAUGAACUCAGGCACCAGGGCUUCAGAGCGAGUGGUCAAAAUUGAGCAAGCUAGCAGGCAGAGAGAGAAGGAAGGAGGAGAGCCACUUUACCUCAGAACUCAAGGAGACCAUCUGGCACACGUUGCUGGAGUCCAGGUGUUCUUCUCCACAGGUGAGCAGAGGGUGAUCGGCUCCAGCCGUGUGCCACGCAAACAGGAAGGAAGGAGGGAGAAACAGAACUAGGAGUCUAGGGAAAAGCGGAUGAUGACAGGAGUGCCGCGAAAACAACGUCAUGCAAACACAUUGAGGCUGAGCUGGGACAAAGGCCCUGGAGCCCACCCUGAUGAGGCCUCACAACCGUCAGGUGCCCCAUGGUUUGGCGUCUCAACUAAAGUUCAAGGCCGUCCUGGUGGACAGGUGUCGUGAGGUCAGGUGGACUUUGACCGGCUGGGGUGCGCUGUUGUUGUUCUUUUGUUGUUGUUUACGUGGCCAGUAUUAGCAUUGAUGCUAUUAAAGGCAGCCCUGCUGACUCACAGAUCAACACCCGCCUAAAGCCGAUCGUAAAGCUGAUCCUGACCGGGGAAGUCUGACCGGAGGUCAGGCGAGGACGGAGACAAACCUUUGAACCCGCUGACUCGUGCUGGACUUUCACGUGUGUGUUGGCUCACACAUCCGCCCGGGAACAGUGCGACCGCAGGGAGACUGACAGGCAGAGUGGCGCGGGGUUUUUUCCGAGGGUGACCUCGCCCUUUGCGGUAGGUCGGAAUGACAUGAGGUUUGCCAGGAAAACAUGAGCGGAGGGAGCGUGUUGUCUUUGGAAUCAUUAUGACAACUCCUCACACGCUUGAUUUACUCGCCGUCUGAGACACAACUGUCAACACCAUCCAGGUCGUCUUGCUGUCUGCUGUGCUGCUUCCACGUCAGGCUCAUAUUUGUUCACUGCUGUUACAUCACCGCGGCCAGAAUGAGGUCAAAAGGUCGUCGCAUCCUCUUCCGAGAGUUUUAGCCGAGUAGACGAGGGAUUACCAAUUUUAGCUUGUAUUUUUUUUUUUUGCUGCUCAUGAGGAUUGUAAUCUGAGCCGUGACGCAACCCAGACCAAUCCUCAUCAGGCCAAACAACAAGUCAGGCUCCAUCAUUUUAGUGACAAGUUCACCUGAUCUCCGCUUUACCAGCGCCCGGGGUUCCCAAGGCGGGACAGUAUUCUGCUGAGUCGGCUUGUUAUUCUGGACAUUCUUCUAAUACCUAUAGAGUUUUCACUUUCUGUGGUCAACUCCCUCACACACACACACUCACAGGGUGGUCGCAUUAUCUUUGUGGGGACCGCUCAUGGCCAUCACCCUUUCCCCAGCCUCUCAUCCUUAACUUAACCGUCCGAAACAAACAGAUAAACUUGACCAGGACUAUUGAAGUCUUCAUCCUGAAAUUGAGGAGAAACCAAAAGGCUCCCACAAAGACAUAUGGGCCCCUUGAAGGAGGUGUUUUCCCCAAAACUGGACCUCACUAUGACACAUAUGCUUAAACACACACACACACAGGCUGAGUGUGUUUGUGGUUGCACAGCCCUGUUGCGUGACAGUCAGCUCCUUUCAGCUCUUCCGCUCGAGUAGUUCACUCACUCCAGGAAAAGUGUGUGUGUGUGUGUGUUUUGAAAAAAAGCAGAGGGCUAGUUACGGAUCUGAGCCGUCGCUCCUCUGCCCAUCUUUUCCUCACGCUCCUCCUUUCUCUCCCCAUCAUCAUCAUCAUCAUCAUCGUCGUCUUCCAUCUCUCCACUCCUUCCCUCCUCGUCUUCCUCUCUGUUUAUUGAAUUAUCUCACAUUUCUGUCCUUUUCUCUCUUUGGCCUGUUCUUCCGUCUAUCACCCUGGCUUCCUCCUCCUGCCUUUCAUUGUCCUGCCUGAUCCCUUUCAUUUCAUCCUCUUUGAACUUCAUCUUUCUGCUUAUACGUUCUUCCCCCGUUGUUCGUAUUUCCACUCUUGUUUCUUUCUUUAUUUCCUUUCAUUCUUUUUGCAUUAUGAUCUUUGGUUUCUUUCUGUUGAUCAUUCCUUUGUAUUCAUUCAUUAUCUUGUGCUUUUUACUUCUUUCACGCCGGAAUGCACCGAUCAUUCCCCAUCAUGUUCGGCCGAAUAGUGGAAAUAAAGCAACGUGACUCUUUGGCACAGAUGCCGCGUUGUUGUCCUUAUUUUGAACACUGACGGUUUUCACUUCUGAUCCACAAUGCAAUAGAAUUUUUUGAUCCAAAAAUGCGCCACGGAGGUGAAAUGUGAGACCGCUGAUGAAAUUCUGGCAACCCACUCCCUCACUCUCAAAGGGUGGAUAAAAACCUGGCAACACGAUCCUCCACUGCCGCGGCGACAGCACAGACUUCGCAGCUAGAGACCGGACAGGAGCCGUUCAACACAAGUGAACUGCUUGUGUUGAAGACGACUCCUCUUUAUUUGGUCCUUUCUUUGUUGCCCAUGAUGUCAAGUGUUAACGGCCGAGUCUGACCGUCACCAUGGCGACACUUCAACGUCCAACGUCUGCAUACAGUGCAGAAGUUUUUGGUUCUUUGAAAGUGUUUGGAGAGCGAAAAUAGAAUCGCAACGUUCAAGUGUUCAACCAAAUUGUCUAGAGCCUCUGUUUACAUUCACUCUGCUAUAUAAUGGGGAAUUGUGUUGUUCACACACACACACAGACCGGAGACUGAGGUGCUGAGAAAAGUCAAAGGUAAAUGCCAAAAAUAUCUUAACAAAAACUCACUUUGUCAAACAUGUUAGUAAAUAUGUUAUUCAUGCAUCAUCUUUUUUAAAAAAGAAUGAACAACAUUUGAUUGUAGUAUAUUCAGUAUCAUUUGCGAGGGCCUCAAAUUUUCAAUCCCUACCGUCCUCAACUUUUCCUCUGGCCCUCUACUCUUGUUUUUCCCUUCAUUUUUGUUGUGCUUAUUCACUUCACAUCAUUCCAUCCACAUCCCUUUUGCAUCCCUUUCUUCCUCUCGUCCAGCAAUGACAUGUCCUUUCCAAGUCUCCUCCUCUCUUCAUCUUCACUUCAACUUCCUGCCUUCCUUCUCUUUCCUUCUCUACUCCCAGGACGAUCUGCUCUUGUCUUGACAGCUCAGAGGAUUCAUGGCGCACAAGAGUUGUGUGUGUGUGUGUGUGUGUGUGUGAGAGAGAGAGAUCUAAUGCAUUUCACACACCAACACACUCUCUAUCAAGUCACUGUCUGCUGGAGAGACUCCAGAGGAGGUAAACACAUGUGGUGAAGUGCUUUUUAAACACACACACACUCACACUGGGGAAUGAGCUUGCGUGCCCUCCUUCACUCGUCCGUGGUGUCGGUGGAGGAAGCGGCGAGCUUCAAGACUCAUUGCGUGACACCAGAUGUAGCAGCAGUGCAGAAGUCCAAAACAAUUCUGGGGUCAACGAUUCAGACCAAAGUCUCUCACCUUACUCAGUCGUCAGGCGGAGCCACAUGACUCGAGUGACUCGUACACAGAUAUCCUCAGUGACUCGCUCCAGUCUUUAACAGGGAGAGUCGUGUCUGGUUCUGACUCAUGUCACGGCUCGAAGGUCUGGCUACAGAAAUACUAGGACGUGAUGAACCAGCAGGUCAAACCCCAAGCAAGUCAUUUCUACUUCCUGUCUGGCAGCAAAAGAAUGAGGUGGGCUGAAGGGUUUCAACAGCAUGUCUGAGUGACGAGGGCGAGGCGCUGACCACCUGUCUGCCCUUCCUCACAUGGAUGAUGUCCGUCAAACUUUGAUGCGGAGACGUGCCACAGAAGAGAAGCGUUUGACCCUUGAGGAUGAGUUGAGACUUCCUGCCGCUCUGAGGAGUUGGUUCUGUGUGGUUUGGCAUAGCUUCAGCACAGAAAAUGGUUGAACCCAUAGGCACCUUUUCAUCAUCUCUCCCAGUUUCUUGUUUCUUGAGCCUGAAAAAGGAGUCCACUUUUGUUUCAUGUUUGGAUGAAAGACAGCGAGAUGUGUUUGGCGGACACAGGGACGCAUGGUCUCAGACUUGGAUGGCUCUGAUCCUCAACCCUACCAGUGGACGGUUUUGGUCUGACCUCAUGAGAUGAGACUCCGAGGUCACCAAACCUUCUGUGAUCCAAGAAUCAGGUCCUUGAAGAGAAAACCUCUCAUCAGGGUGUCUCUUGGAUGCUGUAGCUGGGAGGAACAGACCCAGGACUGGAUGGAGAGAUGGUCCAUAAGAUGGACAGAUGGAUGGAUGGAGGACUAAAUGGAUAAAUUCAGAGGGCUGACCCUUUGAUUGAAAGAUCCGACUGGGUAAAACGACCGCUGAUCACUGAUCUAUUUCUGGACUCCUCCUCUGGUCUUUGCCCGUCGACCCCUCGGGACUCUGAUGCACUUUAACCCGAGCUCAGUUUCGUAACGCCGCCUAAGCCCCCGCGGCGCGACGUGUAUCACUGCUUUCAAUCUCCCUGCACUUUACAUUGCUAAAAGCUUUGCUUAAAUAGGAUUGCGAGUGUCUGGCGUGUUUUCUGCCUCCAUAAGCUCCGCAGGCUUUCAGCUGCGUCAGCCGUCUGGGUAUUGCCGCGCGUCCCGGCCGCGCAGGGCUACAGGAAAGCAACACGCCAGAGUGCGCAGAGAUCAGCGAGGGUCAGUGGGCUUAGCUCCUGAGAGCUCGCUGGUGGUUUUAGAUGCACCGGAGGGCCGCCUGGAUGUCACGCUAAGCUGAUUAAACCUUCACACGCGGGGUCCAGUCGAGCGGCCUCUCCAUGUCCCCGACUGAACCGCGGCCAGCACUUAGAGCUCGGUGCCAGGCGCAGGAGGCCGUGCCUCUGAUUGAUUCCUGUCACUCAGGUGCAACUCAGCGGAUUCACUGAUCUCACGCUUCUUUCUUGAGGCGGAAAUUUUAGCGCCUCCAAAGUGGGAUGAGGUGGUGACGUCAGAUGGAAGAGGUCCGUCAGGUCAGGCCCUGGUCGAACCCAGGUCCUCAAACCACUGGAAGGUUGCAAAAGACUGACAAUAUGAUAGUGGAAAGAAAAGAAACCUAUAACAGAACAAGAAGAAAAAGCACAACAAGAAAAUGUUAGACGGGGGAAAAACAGAGAAGAUACAUAUUUGGAAAAACCCAGACUGGGAACAAAAGCAAACAAGUUUGUUGACAGUCAAAGAAGAAAUAUUCAAAAGCCAGCUGCGGAAAAGAAAAUGUCCAUAAAGU